CUUCACCUCAAGCAACACAUCGGCACCAACAAAUACCCCCACGAACAGCAUCGGCAAUGCCAAUGACCUCCGACACAGUCGCCCUCACCGCGGCGUAUUCACUUUCUCUCCUCUCUGAAUACACGCACACCUUAGACACCUUACCCCUCGACCUGUCGAAGCAGUUCGCUGACCUACGCGAACUCGAUGCUGUCCUCUCCGCAUCCAUGCACACCAUCACCGCCAAGGUCAACCGCCUCAUUGACAUGAUCGAGCACGACACACAGCCCAAGGAGUCCCGGCUCUGGCUUCUUGCCGAGAUCGCAGAGGAGGCACAGCGGUUGAAGCUGGGUGGGGAGGACAAAAUCCGAGUGGCGUCUCAGGCUGCGGACGGCCUUAAAGGGCACCACGACCACCUUGCUAAUCUCUUACAGCAUAUACCCAACUUCGACACCUCGGUCUUACAGCGCAAGACGGUAUACCCUCACGUAGCUCCGCGCUCAUACGCUCCCACCUCCAUGUAUGAAGGCGGGCGAAGGAGACGUGGUGCCCUCUUGAAUGGGUCCUCCGGCGACCAAACCCCCGCGAAGAAGAGGCGCAUCGCUAGAGACGACGAUAUAGAAGGAUCAGUCAGUCGGACCCCGCGCGGAGACCGCGUCGGCGAUAGCAGCGCGCCACAGAGGCCUAAGAACGGCAGCCGCGCGAGGAAAAAUGACCGCAUGCCAUCCCCUGCAGAGUCUGUUCUCUCCGUAAUUUCCCACCAGCCUCCACAAAGCCUCCCUGUCUCCCGGAUCACCAGCCGUUUGGUACCCACCAACAGACGGGCUCGUCCUUCCGUAGACCCAUCCGCACCGAAGGACAUUCCAAACGCCCCACCCGCUGCUUCGCAUCCCUCCCUCCCGCCGCCGUACGCUCCAGUCUCGACGUUCUCGGGGCCCGGGUGGUCCGGGCCGGUGCACGCUCAGUUGCAGGGCCCUGGAAUGCCCGUCGCCCGAAACGUCGUACCCACCUCUGCGAUUCUGAUUGGUCCUGGUGUAGAAGGCACGGCCCAUAUUCAAUCCGGCGGCGAGGGUGAAGAAGCAGAUGAUGGGAAAUUGUACUGCUGGUGUAACGGACCGAGCCACGGCGUCAUGAUCGCGUGCGACGACGCAGAGUGUGAGAAAGAAUGGUUCCAUCUCGGGUGCAUCGGCCUCGAGGUUCUCCCCAAGGGAGCUUGGUACUGCGACACAUGCAAAGGUAAGAAGAAGAACCAGCGUGGGGGGCGGGGAACAAAACGACGAAGUGGUGGUGCACGGUCCGGCGCGAGGGUUGCCUCGGCGGCGUCGACUGCAUGAACAUAGCGGUUCUACGUUGCUUGAUGACACCCCUACACUCUGUAUCAAUUAGUGAUGUCUUAAGCUAGUCAUUGUCUGUUUCUUUGUUUCUCC